GGGCGGCGGAAGCGUAGGCGGCAGGCAGGCGGCAGGCAGGCAAGCACGGCUUGUCUCGCCUCGUGCGUCCCCCCUCCGCCCCCUGCCCCCUUCGACUGGAAAGAAGAUGGGGAUCGCGGAGCCCUCGGUCGGUGUCGUGGGGGUCCUUCUCGCGCUCUCGCUGUGGGCACCCUUCGGCGAGCCUGGCGCGCUGGGAGCGGCGCCGGAAGUGCCUCCACCAGUGAAUGUUAUGGUAGAAUCCUAUAACUUCAACACCUCUGUAUGCUGGGAUUAUCCAAACAUAACCUCAAAGCCGCUUUUUUCUGUGGAAGUCCAUAAGUAUGGCAAGAACUUGUACAGAAAAGUGGAUACCUGUGUGAACAUAUCCCAGCACUGUUGUGAUCUUACUCACACAAUUCAAGGAACUGUCCCUUUUUGGGUGCGAGUUAAAGCUCUUGUUGGAAUCCAUGAAUCACAAUAUGAAGAGUCUAAGGACCAAUUUUACCUAUACAGGCAUGUUCGAAUAGGACCACCAGAACUUCACUGCAGCCUUAAUGGUAAUCAUAUCCAAGUUGAACUUAAACACCCUCGCACACCAUUUCACAAGAAAUCUGUAUAUUCAUACUUGAGCGACUUCACCUACGAUGUGUUUUUUUGGGAACGUGGACACUCAGAAAAGCGUCAUAAAGUUAAUCUAGAUGGAUGCACCCGCAAAAAAUGUACCAUAAAUCUUACCAUUUCCUCUUGGAAUACCGUAUACUGUGUUUCAGCUGUUGGUCAUUCAAUGAUGUAUUUACUGAAGGGUGAGAAAUCAGAAGAAAGCUGCAUUGAGAUUCCUCUUAAAUCAUCAGGUUUGACUACACCUAUAGUUGUUGGCAGCGUUUGCUUAAUUGUUUUGGCAAUAGUUCUCAUAAUAGCCUACACAAAAUUGAAGAAGAGAAAAAUUCAGCUUCCAAGAUCUCUGCUUGCUGUGGUGAAGGGUGUCUCUCUCGAGACAAAACCAGAAAGCAAAUAUAUCUCUGUUAUAACUGAAGUCGAUAAACCAGUAUCACCAGAGAGUGAAGAACGCAAAUCAGUGGAAGAGUUUAAGGCCACUUGUGCCAAAGAUGAAGAUGCUGAUGGUUGUCAAAGAGCUUUAAGUAAGGGAGGAGAGUUAAGUAACCCAGAAGGAACAGUUGAGGAAAUCCUCGAAGAUGAACAAAACCCUGAAGACAAUGUCAAUUAUUUCAAAUCUGUUAGUGGCCAAGGAGAGAGCUCUAACAGUCUUCCAAUUCUGGAUCUUUCUGAAGCUGAGAUGCAACAACCCACAGUACAAGAAAACUUCAUGAAGGUAUCUGGGUAUGACAAGCCCCACUGGAAAAGUUCAGAUUCUGGGGAAGAAUUACUCAUUACAGAGUCCAGGUGACAGGCCAGAAGCCUAAGAGAUGCAUUUAUUUUAUGAAAGAACAUUAUCAACGUGUGAAAAGUACAUUGUUUCACAAAUGACAUUGCCAGGGUCUCUUUAGCACUGAAACCAAUGAGAGUUCAAAUGAGCUUAACAUAACGUAGACCUGCAUGUCCUGAUGCCAAAGAAGUCACUGCGGCUACAGUCCUAUAUACCAUAUAAACUUAUGGGAGUAAGUGUUGGUGCAUUCAGAUGUAUUAAUCAGCAGACGGGACAAACAACAUAUUAACAUUUUCUUAGCUUUUGGAGCCAUCAUUUUCAUCUGCUAAACGCGUGGGGAUCUACAUGUGAGAGAUGUACUAUGCAGAACUUGGAGUGCUAGCCAGUACUGGGAUGCACAGUCUGCUGGCAAAUUUAUAAAUCUCUAGGUUGGUCACUGUCUCCAAUUACAGGAGUUCCCAGCCUUUUUGGACCCACGGGUGCAUUUGAGUAUAUGAGAAAGCCCCAUGAGCACCACUGACUCCUAUAGAGGAUGUAGCUAGUCAUGUAAUGGCUGCUGUGGGCACCUGGCUAGUCAAAGAACAAGUAAUUGAUUACAAGCAGAGAAGGGGUCUGAACUCCAAAAUUAGUCCAUGUAUUGGUUUGCACAGAAGCCUAGCAAAAUGCCCAUUUCAGGUUACAAUCAUACGGGUGCUUAUAUGGAAGUAUAUGGGAAUUACCUGAAGAGUAGGUGUACCCAGGAUUCUUUUGCUAAUCCUAGUCACACACAUCUUUCUUAAAAGGUUUCCCUGCCUCAGUCCAGGCCAAACUACUCCAAGACCCAUCUGGUGCUCCUAGCUACUCUGCUUCCAUCGGAGCCCUCUUCCAAGAAGAGGCUUUUUGUUUGUGCAAGGGAAGACGCUGGGAAUGGAGAGAAGAAGAGCUGGGCUAAGGGCCCGGAGGAAGAAAUAAAAGGAUGAGAAGGAACAAAUGGUAGAAGCUAUAGACUGGGAAGGGAAGCUACGGACUAUUUCUCUCACUGGGAGAAUAGUGAGAGAAAGAGGAAGUCUAGAUGCUCAGAGCAGGAGAAACUGUGAAGUAAUGAAGGGGAAGAGAAACAGCUAACUGAUUACUGGAGGGAAAUGGCAAGGCAAAGGGGCAGAAGGGAGAAAAAGGCAAGGCAGAGGGAUUUGGAGGAGGCCAGCACCUGGGAGGGGAGAGAUUGCCAAUGGGAAAGGAGUGGCUGGAACAUUGGGCAGGGCCAGGAAGCGGUGCUUUCCUUCUGCUCCUGCCUUGCUGAGCAGGUAAUGGGCAUCAGGUUCAGGGUGAGCAAGGAGAACAUGGUGCUCUAACGUCUUUCAUGCCUUUUAAAAUAAAAAAAAUAAAAAUGUUAAAGACGAGAGAGCAUAGUUCACCUUUUCUUCCUAGAAAAAUGCAGAAAGGAAAUUAUAAUACCAUUUAUAACCAGACAGUGGUAAGCACAUCCUAGUCGUUCCUAGCAUUUCUAGGUAGCGCUUGGAAAGCUCCUUGAAUUUAUGUAGUAAAUAUGAUAAAUAGUUAAGAUUAUAUGGCAAAUAUUUCAUUCUUAUGGAGGCAUCCUAAUAUAUUCAUGGGAGUCUGUUUUCCAACAUGUAUUUCUAGAUCAAUAUGCAGUGUCAAUGCUUUCCUCUUUUCUAAAGUGUGUCAAUUUAUACUUUUUGCCAUAAGAGGAAUUAGUGGGCAUUCAAAGCUACCAACUGUGUGUAGAGUCCUGACAUUUGAGAGUCAGUGUGGUAUAGUGGUUAAGAGUGCUGGGCUGGGACUCGGGAGAUUGGAGUUAUAUCCCCCACUUGGGCAUGAAGCUCAGUGGGUGACCUUAGGUCAGUCACUGACACUCAGCCCAGCCUACUUCACAGGGUUGUUGUGGGAAUAAAAUGGAAGGAACAAGUAAGCUGCCUUGGGUUCUUGGCUAACAGAAGACUGAUUUAACACCUCUGUCUGGGUAGUAGGUAAUAAGGAUAAUUUCUGAUCCAGUGUGGCUCAGCUAUUCUUUGCUUUGGCUUGGUUGACUGAAUUGAUGAAAUGUGCCUGGUAUUGUGCUAGAGAUAAACCACUUUCCUUUGUAUUUGCAAAGACUGGGAACUACAACACUGUGAAAUGGAGAAUAUUUGAACUAGGAAGCUAAUUACACCAGCCUUUCCUUGUUUCGCUUAGUUUGAGUAUCCAUUGCUGAAAGGUAUUAUGAGCAAUAGAUUAGCAGUAAUGCAUCUACCAAAUUGCAUUUUUAUUUCAUUGACAGGAAGGGCAAACUUUUAAAAUCUGAUAAAAGAUACAGCUCACUUGGAAAAAACCUGAUAGAAUGACAGCAACACACCAGAUGCUACAGCCUCAUAAAUUAGGAAAAGAUUAUGCAUAGCCAGCUGUAUCAUAUAAAUGCCCAGUUUUUUAUACUGCACCAUGACUCUUGGUGUUCAUCGUAUGGUCUAGCAUCUGGUCAGCCCAGUCCACCUCCUAUAUAUCUGCACUAAUCAGACAAGAAUUUGUUGUUAUUUAUGUUCAGUACUGUCUCCCAGCUUGGGUUGCUCUUAGUCUCAUCUAGUUAUACUAAGAUGAGAUGUGCUGCAAUGCUCAGAAAAAAGAAGGAAGCAUAGCAAAAUGGCAAGUGAGCAAAAAGAAGCCAAGCAUGAACUGGUGCCAAAUGGAGAAAGUAUUAAACCUGUAACUUCUAUGUCAA